UGACGUUCCCCUGAUACCCACGUGCAGCGCACCGGGAAGUUCUCUGCUGAGAAAGGUUUUAUAAGAAAAUAAUGGGGCUCUGUUUUCGCAACAAAACCAUCCUGGCUCCAAUGGUUCGAGUUGGGACACUUCCUAUGCGCCUUCUUGCUCUUGAGUAUGGUGCGGAUCUUGUGUACUGCGAGGAAUUAGUAGAUCUAAAAAUGCUGCAGUGCAAACGAGUAGUUAAUGAGGUUCUUCAGACUGUGGACUAUGUGGCUCCCACUGAAAGAGUUGUUUUCCAGACAUGUGAGAAGGAAAGAGAUCGUGUUGUUUUCCAAAUGGGAACAGCUGAUGCAGAAAGAGCCCUCGCUGUAGCCAAACUUGUGGAGGAAGAUGUUGCUGCUAUCGAUGUUAACAUGGGUUGUCCGAAAGAAUAUUCUACCAAGGGUGGUAUGGGGGCAGCUCUGCUAUCCCGUCCUGAGAAAAUUGAAGAGAUACUGAAGACUUUGGUCUCGGGGAUUUCCAAACCAGUCACCUGUAAGAUUCGCAUCCUUCCCUCGUUGGAAGAAACAAUCCGGUUGGUGAAGCUUAUCGAAGGAACUGGCGUAUCUGCUGUUGCCGUUCAUGGAAGGAAGAAGGAAGAAAGACCGCAGCAUCCAGUUCACUGCGAUGUUAUCAGAGCAAUUUCAGAAGCAGUAUCGAUACCUGUGAUUGCCAAUGGGGGCUCCCAAGAGAUCAUCAAAGAAUUUGAAGAUAUAGAGAAAUUUCGUUCCGUCACGGGUGCGUCAUCAGUCAUGGUGGCGCGAGCGGCAAUGUGGAACCCUUCUGUCUUCAGAAAGGAGGGACAUUUGAACCUGGAGGAAAUCAUGCGUGAUUAUAUCAAACUCGCUUUGCAGUAUGACAACCACUACACCAACACAAAGUAUUGCCUUUGUCAAAUGUUAAGGGACCAACUUGAGUCUCCCAUGGGAAAGAGGCUUCAUGCUGCUCAGUCAACAGAGGACAUCUGUGAAGUAUUUGGGAUGAGCUUGUUGUAUGAGAGUUUGAAAGAGUCUUGGGAGUCGAGGAAAACAUCCCUAGCCGUAGAAGAAUUGAAGAAUUCAACACAAGAGGAUGAAGUGGACGAAGCGGAUCCUAGCGUUACACGCAUGGCCAUCAGAUUUGAAAGGAAGGAGUAUCCAGGAAAAAUCACUCCUAAAAUGCUCCUGUUGGAAUGGAGCAGAAGGGAGAAGUUGCCGCAGCCUGUCUAUCAAACUGUGCAGCGGCCGCGCGAUAGGUUUUUCCGCUCCCUUGUUACAGUGGAUGAGAAGAAAUAUCAGUCCACCAUGUGGGACAAGUCAAAGAAGUUGGCCGAACAGACUGCAGCUGUUGUAUGUCUUCGUACUUUGGGUAUAACUGAUGGAAAAUUGAAUGAGAGCGAAAGUGAACUAGUUCGUAAACGAAAGCGUGAACUCCAAGGACCAGUGGAAGACAACGGAUGUCCACCUGCAGAAGCACUGAGCAAGAAAUUACACCAAAACUGUGACAACAAAGAUUGCCCAGAAGAGCUGUAAUGCAUGUGCAAAGACUGUUCCUAACUCACCUCCCAGUCAAAUCAAGACAUGAAUUCUAGAAUGCAUACCAGU